CCAGGCAAGGAACUUAUAAAAUGCAUAUGCGUGGGGUCCGUGUGUUGUUAUAUAAAAGAGAUGUAAGUUGUAAAUGUAUUCAGAUCACUAGAUCAGUAGAGAAUAGAAUUGGGGUUAGAUUAAUAGCUGGAAGUAGUUAGCAUUGCCCAAUUUAAGUACUACUACUAAAUUCUAACCAAAUUGCAAAUUUCGACACGUUAUAAUGCCGUUUCCUGACCAUCAGAUUCUGUCAAAUCUUCCCCCAAAGUCCAGGAAAUGGCAUUUCAGAGACUCUAAAUUCAAAAAUUUUCCUGGGGGCAUGCCCCCGGACCCCCCUAGACAAACCUCGCACCUGCGGCGCUCGGCUCGUGCCUUCGGCCCUCGUUUAUCAAGCGUAAAAUUAUAGGGGCGCAGAUUGGUUGACAGCCAACUGGCCCCCCCAGAAAAAUAGUACCCAGCACGCCACUGGGCUGUCAUAAAAGGUCUGUCAAUGUAGAGGGAAAUAAAGCUGUGUGCCAGGCAUGUGACCUUUCCCAGAUCGCAACACGAUGUCCCAGCUUCUGGUCAGUCCGAUUGUUAGUGAAACCAGAUGAAUCGUCAAAAAAUGUCCGUCUGAUUCUUCCCAGUCAUAUGCUAGAGAAGUUUGUUGCCAUCACUGGUUCUUUAGUGGAACUGGACACCAUUUCAGAGGAAGAUUUGGUUUUCUCAAUACUUGAUUGCUGUUGCAAAAAAUUUGAUUUUACAUAUGACAACAUUGGAAAUGAGAUUACUAACAUAUCACUUAGUUA